AUGGCCGGAGGCGGCGGCAAGCCGUUCGGGGACAACGUGUUCGCCGGCCACGCGGCCGCGGGAGCCGCGGCGAUCAGCGCCUCAGCCGUCGCCGUCCACCCCCUCGACACCGUCAAGAGCCUCCUCCAGUUGAGCGCGGCGGGGCAGAAGCAGAAGAUGGGGAUCCGUCAUGCGGUGGACCGGCUCAUGCACGUCUCCGGCCCUGCAGGUCUUUACAGUGGCAUUGGGUGGUCAAUAUUAGGUAAACUGCCUGGUUUGGGAGCACGUUUUGGGACCUAUGAGCUUUUAACAGCCUUCAAUAAAGAUGGCAGGGAGGACAACCAUGUUAAUUAUUCUGAGGCAAUGUUGGCUGGCAUAACCGCUGGUGCUGUAGAGGCAUUUGUGUGCACACCAUUUGAACUUCUCAAACUUCGGUCCCAAGUUGGUUCUGCCAUACCUAUGAAAGCUACGAACCCUGCUAAUGUUAUACAGGAGUCGUUUCCACUGCUUUCCAAGCUAUUACCUGGCCAUGUCCCUGACAUGAGAGUAUGGAAUAGCAGUGUUAGUCUGUUGUCCAAUCUUUCCCCCAAGCAUCCUGACAUGAUGGGUGCCCUGAAACAGCACCCAUGGAUGCUGACUGGCUCUGGGAAGCCCCCGUUACCCUCUGAUGUUCAGGUGCCUUCGAGAGUGAUAGCACUUGAAGGAUGGGGUGCUUUAUGGAGAGGACUUAGGCCAGGGGUAGCCCGAGACUGUGUCUUUAGUGGAAUGUUCUUUUCUUGUUGGCAAUUCAUACAUACGGCGAUGCUUACUUGGCAGUCUGUUAACAUGAACCCUGAACCCAGGAAUUUAGAAGAAGCAGGUCCUGUACCCCCUUUAGCUUCUAGUCUUGCUGCAGGCUUCUCUGGAGUUGUAGCAGCUGCUGCUUCACAUACGUUUGAUACUGCCAAAAGUCGUUCACAGUGCACUGUGAUACCUAAGUAUAUAGCAAUGGAGAGGAGGUUUCUUAAAUGGAGAGCACCAGGAAUGUGGAUAGAGAGAAUGACAGGAACGUCACCUGCUGACAGGAAUGUUCUAUUUCGUGGCAUUGGGCUACGGAUGGCACGCAGUGGAAUCGCAUCUUUUGUACUUGUUGGGUCCUACUAUUUAGCGGUAGAUCAGCUCUUGUAG